UUCCCGGUGUCGCUGUCACGCUUUGCUGGCCCUCUACUCCGCGGGCUUUACCCCCCUUUCGUUUCUUGUCCAUUCCUUCCUCACUUCUUGUCCAAGGACCCCCCCUCCCCAGGCGCGGAUUGAUCGGGGGGGGGUGCUGGGGUCGGGACCCCGAGGAAGGGGAUUAGACCCUUGCGGGGGGUACAGCGGCGAAGAGCGGCGCUACGGAAUCUCUGCGCCGCGGCGUGGGUCCUGCCCCGCGGUUGCUCCGGCGGCCUGGCCAGGACACCCCUUAUUGCUGUCAGACUUGGAAUGGGCAACAUGCAGGGUGGGUCUGUAAUGGUGCAGUUGGCAACGGGGGUGCAAGCGUGCCCGGUGGAACUUCUCCGUCAGCGUCGCACGUAUAAUGGUCUGGUGGAAUACCUGAUCCGCUGGCAUGUUUCUUCGGCCGAGGAGAACGGGGGCUGUGGCGGCGGUGGCAGCCCGGUGGCUUGCAGCUCUGCCAGUGAUCCUGCUGGCAAGUCCGAGAACAUCCUCAUGUGGAUGAGCGAAGAGGAGGUUUGUGCCUGCUGCGGUGGCUUGCUAGGGAACCGCAAGCCCGAGGGAACCUGGGGAGGCUGGGUCAAGGCGGACAUGAACAGCAGCAGCGACGACUCUAAAAGCGGAAUUGAGAAUGACGUGCAUGCGGCAACCACCGGGACUGGCCAUCGAAACACUUUGGGAGAAACGGGCCUGGAGGACCAGGAGUUUGCAUUGAUGAAGGGGGAUGUGCAGAAGCUGGUGCAGAGGGCACGGCGGCAGGUGGAGCGGGCGCCGGGCCCCGAAGCUACGCAUAACAUCUCGCACAUCAUCCACGUGCUGAGCGCCUACGCCUCCAUUGGGCCACUGGCUGGAGUCUUCAAGGAGGCCGGAGCUCUGGACUUGCUCAUGGAGCUCCUGUGCAACAAUGAGACGCAGACUCGCCGCAGUGCCGGGCGCAUGCUGCGCGCACUCGCGUCACAUGAUGCAGGAAGCCGGGCGUACGUGUUGCUCUCCCUCAGCCAGCAGGACGGCAUCGAGCAGCACAUGGACUUUGACAACCGCUUCACACUACUGGAGCUCUUUGCUGAAACGACCUCAUCGGAAGAGCAUGGCAUGUCGUUUGAAGGCAUCCACCUCCCACAGAUUCCCGGGAAGCUGCUGUUCUCGCUGGUGAAGCGCUACCUGUGCGUGACGUCGCUCAUGGACCGCCUGAACAACUGCGACGGUCACGCCGACAAGGAGGACACGAGCCCUGGUGCCGAGGAGCGGCUGUGGCUGCAGCGCAAGUUCGAGUUCACCAUGGCCAUGGCCAACCUGAUCGUUGAACUCGUCAAGAUCCUCGGCUGGGACUGCUCCCGCGAGGAGCGGCAGUCGGAGGAGCACUCGGACGGCACCACCCCGCCCCGGGGCCCGCACCGUUCCAUCUUCCAGGCACCACCCGCCCGGAGCACUCACGACCAGCCGGCGAAGCCCAAGGCGGACGCGAACCUCCAGUUCAAGACGUUCAACAGCUUCAGCACGCGCAGCAGCUACGUGGAGUACGUGCAACAGGUGCUGCGGCCUGGCAUGCGGGUGCGCAUGCGGGAGGACUACGAGCAGGUGAACGCCGGCGACCAGGGCGAGUUCAAGCAGUCCAACGAUGGCAGGCCGCCUGUGCAGGUGCUUUGGGAUUCAAUGAGUAGAACUUUCUGGGUGUACUGGCACAUGAUAGAAAUCCUGUCAGAACAGUCAGCCAUGGCACAGCCCAAGCUGAACCUUGAAAAAACGCCCGAGUUCAUCAGAACCAUGAAGCCGGAUCCCGAGAGCCAGAGCAGACCCCUUGGCAGCUUCUACAUGCUGCCCUAUCUGUCUGAGGGUACGGGGGAGCAUGACUCAGUGCUGAGCCGAAACCACUGGUGGGAGCUCCUCUUCUUCCUCAAAAAGUUGGAGGGCUUUCACCAAGCAGAAGCGUGUGACAUCAUUUCAGCCACCGCUCAGCUGAAGGUCUCUUCACUGGAUGAUAUUUCUCUGAUAUCAUUCCUCCCCAAGUCCGAGCUGGCAUGCCAACUUCUUCAGCACCUCAUACACACCAACCCGCCUUUCAGGAAGGACUUGGAGAUGUCCCAGGUCUCCCAAAAAUUUGCACCCAAAAGCUCCUCGCAGUUACUUGAAGACAACACCACCUUUCAAAACACGGACAGCACGUUCAGCGAUAAAUUAUUGCAGUCCUCUCCAGUCGAUAUCCCCGCUUUGUCAUCCACCAAGAAAUCUAAAAAGGACGACACAUCGCCAUCCAGCUCGUCGGCCUGUCAGAGCAACAGUAAGGGCGAGUCGGCGAAGCAAGGCGGCGCGACCCUUAGGACAGAAGACCUGGAGAAGGUGGAAGGAGUCGAGGAAAAACUGUGCCAGUUUGACUCUGUCAAGUCCUCAACAAAGAAGACUUUCUUGGCCAAAGGACAGGAUGUGUGGGAAAUCAUGAAGCAGUCGCAGACGGAUGUGGCUCUGCACGUGGCCGGUCUGCAGACCAUGCAACACAUACUUGAGGAGGACACCUCCAGCAACAAGAAACCGCCAACCAAGUUGGAGUCGGGGCAGUCAACGAAGGACAAGCUGCUCAACGCGCUGGUGGAAGAGAUGGACAAGUUUCAGAAGGAGAAGGUGGUGGUGCUCUCCGUCUUCAGAGUCAUUAUUGCACUGCUGCAGAAGGUGGACUACCAUAUGCUGUUCGCCAUCGACGGAGGGAUUCAGGCCCUGCUCAGUUGCAUGCAGCAGCAUGCCGAUGUUUUGGUCAUACAGCAGCUUGGCCUAGAGUGCUUGAGAGUGGUGAUACGCGCCGAGCAGUUCGUGCUCCCGGCCAAGAGGGGAAAGGCGCACCUGGUCCCGGACGCGGACUGCCGCGUGAUCCGCGAGGUGGUGUCCAGCAUCGCGUCCGCUACGGAGGGCGGAUCGCCCGGCCUGCUCGUCACCAUCCCGGCCGCCAUCGAGCGAAUGCUGAGCACGCAGGGGUGCGGCGCGGCAGUGGUCGACGGCCUGCAGGUGGUCAUCAAGCUAAUGACAAACCACAAGAGCCUGGCGGAGCACCUGGCACGCGCCGGCCUGCAGCGCGUCCUCUACCAGUGCCUGGCCAACGCUGGCGGGGCGGCGGGCGGCGCGGCGGGCGGCGCUGCGCUCUCGGCGUCUGGUGCGGCACGAUCCCAGCAGCAGCAGCAGCAACAGUCCGUGCUGGCGGUCACCGCGCUGGGCAUGCUCACCGAAUUCGAUCUCGUCUCGGAGGACUCGGCCAGCGAGCAAUCGGUGGUGAACUGGAAGGACGUGGAGCUGCGCACGAUCCUGGCGAGCCUGCGCAAAGGCGUCCUGAGCAAGGAGCUCGUGCUGUCUCUGGAGCGCUGGAUGAACAGCGCGUUGCUGGAGCCGCAGCUGACCAGCAUCGUCAAUGACCUCGACAUCUUCAAGGCCCUGGUGCAAGCGCUGGACAAGCUCCGGUCGGAGAAGGUGGUGCAGCUCGCCGUAGUCCGGAUGUUGACCAUUUUCCUCGAGAAGAGGAAAGGAGAUUCUUUGCCAUGGCACGAAGCACUGGUGCCUUUCCUGUCCGUCAUCGGAAUGCAGACCGUCGUCAAGGAGGUCCAGCAGGAGUUUGUACGAUUCAUGUACCGGUUGGCGUCGGAGAACAAAGACUACGCAAUCGUGAUGUGCCGCGUGGGAGGUCGCGAGGCCAUCACACGGGCGCUGGACAAGCAUGGGCCGGGGCUGCUGCUGGGAGCCGAGCUGCGCGACCUGGUCGCCGACUGUGAGAAAUACGCUAAGCUCUACAAACAGCUCACCACCAGCAUCCUGGCCGGCUGCAUACAGAUGGUUCUUGGUCAGAUCGAGGAAUCCCGUCGAACUCAGCAGCCAAUCAGCAUCCCGUUCUUUAAUAUUUUUCUACGCAACAUUUGCCAAGGCUCGAAUGUGGAGGUGAAGGAAGACAAGUGUUGGGAGAAGGUGGAGGUGUCCUCCAACGAGCACCGCGUUAGCAAGCUGCUGGAUGGCAACCCCAAGACCUACUGGGAGUCCAACGGCAGCACUGGCUCGCACUUUAUCACCAUCACCAUGCUGAAGGGCGUCAUUAUCAGGAAGCUGUCCCUGCUGGUCGCGAGCGAGGACUCGAGCUACAUGCCGGCGCGCAUAGUGGCCAUGGGAGGCGAUGACCCAAACAACAUCAACACGGAGCUCAACGCCGUGAACGUGCCAUCUUCGGCGAGCAAGGUGGUGUUGUUGGAGAACAUGACCAGGUUUUGGCCCAUCAUCCAGAUCCGCGUCAAGAGAUGCCAACAGGGAGGCAUAGACACGCGCGUACACGGGUUCGAGAUCCUGGGCCCCAAGCCGACGUUCUGGCCCGUGUUCCGCGAGCAGCUGUGCCGCCGCACGUGCCUGUUCUACACGGUGAAGGCCCACGCCUGGACGGAGGCCGUGCGGCUCAACCGACUGCACAUGCUGCAACUCUACAACAAGCUGGGUGCUGUCCUUCGCCAUGAGCAGAGCUUCACCGAGCAGUUCCUGCCGGACCCAGAGGCGGCACAGGCCCUGGGCCAGACCUGCUGGGAGGCGCUGGUUACUCCCAUUGUCAGCAGCAUCACGGCUGAAGGCUCCGGCGAACAGGCCAGCCCAUUCCGCUGGCUGCUACAGGAGUACCUGUCGCAGAACGAGCAGCACCGGCGCGCCGGCCGCAGCAAGGCCCUCGUGUUUGCGUCGCGCGUGCGCCGCCUGUGCCGCCUGCUGGUGCACGCCAACACCAACCCCAUCGCCAGUGCCGACAUCCACGUGCCCGCCAAGCCCACAGGUGCAAAGGGGGCUCAGACCAAAGACAAAGACUUCGAGUUUGACGAAGCUGGCGCUGAUGCCAAAAGGCACAACAGCGUGGCCCCGCUCGCCGCUUGCUGGGCCUCGGUAGUGCAGGCGCAGGUUUCCACAUUUCUGAGCACCCACUGGAACAGUGCCGAGUUUGCGGAGAAGUACGGCGCGCAGUUCACCCAGCUGAGCGCGGCAUCGCGCGAGCUGUUCGGCAACCACGUGGCAUUCGCCGUGGCACUGCGGGAGGGCUUCAGGUCGGCGCUGCUGCAGCUGUCGCACAACCGUGCCCUCAAGGUCUGUGAGAUAUUUGCGCAGUACACAGACCGACUGAUUCGUGCCAUAGGCUCCGAGGGCACUGGUGGCGACCCCUUCAGCCAGCUCAAAACCACACUCGAGCCCAUCGUUUUUCUAUCUGGACUGGAGAUGGCCAACACCUUCGAGCACUUUUACAGGUUCUACCUUGCGGAACGCCUGCUGACGCUGGGCCCCCACUACGCGGAGGUGGAGGCUGUGAUGGAGCUGGCUCUCUGCUUCCCGGCCAAGUUCCCCCAGCGCCUGCUCCAGGACGUCGCCGAGUCCACCAGCGCCAUGACCGACUUCCAACAGCACCAGCUGGAGCAGUUCGACCGCCGCAUGGCCGCGCUCUCCGACGAGGAAAUGGAAGAGGAUGAGCGGGAGGGCGAGGUGGACCCAGGCGACUGCGCAGGGCUGCGGGCGAUGGUGCUGUCUCCUGCGUGCUGGGCGAGCAUAAUCCAGCCAAGCUGCAGCCUCAGCAACCCGGCCGUGACCCUCCCACAUGCCCUGCAGUACUUCCUCCACCACUAUGAACAGUUCUUCACUGACAGCCAGAAGACGUUGGCUGCAUUCCAGCAGCAGCCCAAGCGGUUGCAGUGGACUUGGCUGGGCCACGCAGAGCUCCAGACACCUAGCGGGACGCUGCUGCAGGUUACCACGCUCCAGAUGUACAUCCUGAUGCAGUUCAACGAUGGCAACGAGGUGUCCAUUGAGAAGAUACAGAAGGACACCCACGUGACAUCGUACCUGCUCAAGCAGUGCCUCCAGGCUUUGGCCGAUGCCCCCUUUCUACAAUUGCUCGGAUCGCUGGAUGGCGACAGCCUGAAGGGUUCCCUGAAGCUGCGUGAGGAGGCGCUGCAGGCUCUGCCGCAGCGGGAACGGCUGAGCCUGCUGCCCUCGCCCUGCUACUCGAGCAGCGAGCAGCUGGUGACGCGCGCCCUCGAGAAGCGCAGGAACGUCAUCUCGUGCGCUGUCGUGCACCUACUCAAGCGGGAGAAGCAGCUCCACUUCGACAACCUCGUGUUCAGAGUGGUGAACGCUUGCCAGAAGGGGCGUCUGGGCGGGCGGCCCGUGCCACGCUUUGUGUGUGGCGUGGCGGACGUGAGCUGGUGCGUGGAGCGUCUCCUGCGUCAAGGCUACGUGUCAUUCCGUGACGACAUGCCCCACAUCCUGCGGCACACCUCCGACACCGACUCUGCCAACCCCACCAACCGGCGCGCUUUCUGCAACUGGCUUUCUCUGGAGCCCAGCAAGGACGCAGAAAGCGGCGCGUCAGCGGCGGACGAGAGGGAGUGCGGGCGGCCGUUGUCAUCCCUGGCUUCGUCGGCGAGCCCCGUGCGCACACGCACGCUCACGCCGACCGAGGUUUGGCCGCUCAUGGAGGAUGCGACGCGCCAGCUGGUGGACGUGCUGGGCAUGGAGGCGGGCGUGGCCGAGCACCUGCUCGUGCACUGUGGCUGGAACGUGGACGAGGCGGUGCAGCGGUACCUGGACUCGCGCGACAAGCUGCUCACCGAGGCCGGUAUCGAGGGCCCGCCGGCGCGCGACCCCACCGACGGCGCCGCCGCCGAACAGCAGCCCACGUGCCCCAUUUGCCUGGGCGUGACCGGGGAGGUGGAGCUGCUGGCACCGUUGUACUGCACGCACCGCUGCUGCAAGUCAUGCUGGAGAGCCUAUCUGAGGACCAGCAUCGAUCAGAACAUGCUCGCCAAGUGCACCUGCCCCAUCAUGGACUGCCCCGCACAGCCCACAGGCGCCUUCAUCAGGACAAUGAUGGAGGACGACAGUGACCGUCUGGAGUUGUACAAGCGGGCGCUGCUGCGGGGCUACGUGGAGAGCUGCUCGAACUUGGCGUGGUGCGCCAACCCGCAGGGCUGCGACCGCGUGCUCUGCAAGGACGGCACGGGCGGGCACGCCGCCACCUGCGCCAAGUGCCACUGGAGCACCUGCUUCUCUUGCAGCUUCCUGGAGGCUCACUGCCCCGCGAGCUGCACCCAGAUCGCGUGGUGGGUGGACGAGGGUGGCUACUACGAGGGCAUGAGCUCGGACGCGCUCAGCAAACACCUGGCCAAGCUCAUCUCCAAGCCCUGCCCCAGCUGCCACGCGCAGAUCGAGAAAAACGAGGGCUGCCUGCACAUGACCUGUGCCAAGUGUAACCACAGCUUCUGUUGGCGGUGCCUCAAGGCGUGGGCCCCGACACACACCGAGUACUACAACUGCUCCACCACGGUGAGCAAGGCAGCCAAGAGGGAAAAGCAGUUCCAGGAGUACAACGAGAUGUGCAUAUUCUACCACCAGGCCAAAGAUUUUGCACUGAAGAUGAAGAGCCGGGUGGAGUCACUGGACCAGACGAUUCCUGGGCGUACGGUCAUGUUUGUGUUGGAUGCCUGCGAGGCCCUGGCUAAGGCUCAAAAGACUCUGGCGUACAGCAGCGUGUACAAGUAUUACAGCCAGGACACAACGAAGCUGGGCUUUCUGGAGCAACAGACGGACAACCUCGAGACGCACGCUGGGGCGCUGCAAGCCCUGCUCGAGGAGACAGUGCUGCAAGGCUCGGACCUGGCGUCGGCCGUGCGUGCGCUCCGCUCCCAGCACAUGCAGCACGGCUUGCAGCUCAUCGGAAUGAUCCACGAGCGCCUGGGAACGCUGCUUGGUGGCUCGACGCAGGACUUCCAGGUGGGAAUGGCGCAGUCUGCCACCCUACAGGACAAAGAGGGAGUGGUGAAGCUAUCAACCAAAGACCCGUUGCCGCGAAGGAGCUCCGAUGAGAACAUGGACGAGGACGGAGAGGAUUACCCCUGGGAGGCCGGUGGCGCGUCGCUGUUUUCGCGAUUCCACAACGGGAAGGAGAACAACCGCCAAGACGACAUGGACGAGGAGCUGGACUCGGACGGAGAGACGGACGGCUCGGCAGGCAGCGGCAACAUGGACAGCGACCCCUGCUCCGGAGAUGACGACGACGAGUACGGCUGUACGCAAGGCUGAAAGCCCCUCCCCCGGCUCUCUCACGCGCGGCGCCAAAUCGUGCGCGCCGUGUUUUGUCGUGCGUCCAAUCGUGCACCAGUAUUUGUGAUCUCGCCGGGGUCUUCAACGGGAUCAAAGUGUGCAGUUACGGCAAGCAAGCAAGAAUUGUACACAUCGGUUUUCUGUUGUAGAACAUUUUUGAUCAGAUAUUGUACAUGAUCACCAAUGUUUGCAUUCUCUUUGGCUGUUGACCCAUCCAUGCAGCCGCAUUGGUUUCUUUGUUAAAGUGGCACUAUGUAUUUACCAUCAUGGUUACUCUGAACUUUGAGAAUAAUUGUCAUAAUCACCAUCAGGAUGACAAGAUAUUGGGUGUUUUCUUGGACAGUUUUCCAACGUUGAAAGAUUAUUUUGCGCCUCAUUUACUGAGCACAAAAGCCUAACAUCUUUAGCUAAUGUCAUUCUAACACUUUCAAGUUGGUUUUCCAUUAUGAGCAAUGGUUAAGGAUUUUGUAACACUUCCUAUAGUUACACUUUUUGCGAAUAAUGAUACAGUGACACCUUAAUCUGUUGCUUUUUUCAAGCUAUUUAAUGUUUCAGUUCUUAGCUGCUGCUUCAGCUUCCUCCAUUAGUGAUUUUAAAUACAUUUGAAAUGCUUACGAAUUACAAUGGCGUGUAUUUGAUAUGGCAAAUACAUUAUUACUGUUCAGACAUACCAUGUGACACUAAUUGUGUUUCCAAAAAAUAUAUAUAAAAAAGCAAAGUUGGUAUACAGAAGAUUUUCCUUUUGAUCAAAAAAUAAAGAAUUAAAAGUUGAUGUGAUUAUUUCAUUGUGUGCAGUCAUAGCACAAAAAUAAAGAUGUGAUGUUUUGCACUUAUCAAA